UAUUACUACUUCAUAAAGAGUUGUCAGAGUUUAUUAUACCAAAGAACUUUUAUAAUGAACUUGAAAAGACUUUACAAAAAAAUAUAAAUAUUAGUUAUAUGCAUUUGCAAACCAAUACUCUUGACAAAAAUUCAUGGAUUCUAUUAUUACCAGAUUAUGUUGUAUAUACCUUUUUUGGUGGAUAUUUUUUCAAACUUUCUAUUAUAAGAGAAGGAGAAUGUUUACAGUUUUUUUGGCAAGAAUUUGGUAAAGACUUUACAUUCACUAAUUGUAAUACUCAAGGUCAAGAAACAUUAGUUACAGCAGUAACUUUAACAAGUAGUAUUAAUCAUUAUGCUAUACAAACUGUAUUAGCAGUUAUAGCAUUAAAUGCUGCUAUAGUUCAUGCUAAUACAAAAGAAAAAAAAGUUUUAACUAUUAGAUUUGACUAUUCUUGGUUUCAUUCCCGUAAUGCAAA